UAGUUAUUUCGAUGGGCCCCCGUAUCAAUAAAUUUACAGAUUGCAAAAGCUGGUACCCUUUAUACAAAGUUUGUUCUUUGUUCACCAAAAAUUGAGAAAAAAAAAAACCUAUAAUAAAAACAAAGAAGCAAUUUCCUCGAUUUCUCAGUCACCUGCAUUAUUUUCACCCAAAUUCAAAAAUAAUAAAUUAAAAUCUAGUGUGCCGCAAAAUACAAUCACAAAUUUGGAGAGAUAGAUAGAGAAACAGCCACUUCAGUUCAUCUUCUACCUCUACUUACUCAGGUGUACACUUAGGAGAUGACUCCCUAUGUAGUUGGGGUCCUUGUUCCUCUUGUGUUUACUCUUAUAAUUCGUAAUACUAAGCGUGGGAAAAAAAGAGGAUUGCCUAUUGAUGUUGCUGGGGAACCUGGAUAUGCAAUCAGGAAUGCUCGGUUUACUUCCCCCGUAACAACAGCAUGGGAGGGCGUCUCAACUCUCGCUGAACUUUUUGAGAGGUCGUGUGAAAAUUAUAGAGAUGAACCCCUUCUUGGAACCAGAAAGCUGAUUGCCAAGGAGACUGAAGUGACAGCAGAUGGGAAAUCCUUUGAGAAACUUCACUUGGGAGAGUAUGAAUGGCUUACUUAUGGAAAAACCUUUGAAUCUGUCUGUAGUUUUGCUUCUGGUUUGGCACAACUUGGACAUUCCAGGAAUGAACGUGCUGCAAUCUUUGCUGAUACACGAGAGGAAUGGUACAUCGCAAUGCAGGCUUGUUUCAGGCGCAACAUAACUAUUGUGACAAUAUAUUCUUCUCUUGGAGAGGAAGCUCUAUCUCAUUCAUUGAAUCAGACAGAGGUCACAACUGUAAUUUGUGGGCAGAAAGAAAUGAAAAAGCUUGUAGACAUAAGUGGACAGCUUGACACUGUAAAGAGGAUUAUAUGUAUGGAUGAUGAUUUCUCAUCUAAUGCCUCUUUGGUGGAGGAAAAAUGGACUGUCAAAUCAUUUGCUGCUGUGGAAAAGCUUGGACGAGAAAAUCCUGUUGAUGCUGAUUUACCCCUAGCAGCUGAUGUUGCUGUGAUAAUGUAUACCAGUGGAAGUACAGGCUUGCCAAAAGGGGUGAUGAUGACGCAUGGUAAUGUACUUGCUACGGUUUCUGCUGUCAUGACUCUUGUUCCCGGACUUGGCAAAAAAGACGUUUAUUUAGCAUAUUUACCUCUAGCUCACAUCCUGGAAUUAGCUGCUGAGAACAUAGCAGCUGCAAUCGGAGGGAGAAUAGGAUAUGGAUCCCCACUUACAUUGACAGAUACAUCAAACAAGAUUAAAAAGGGUACAAAGGGUGAUGCCUCUGUGUUGGCACCUACACUGAUGGCUGCUGUACCGGCAAUUCUGGACCGUGUUCGAGAAGGUGUACGCAAAAAGGUUGAUGCAAAGGGUGGAUUGUCCAAAAGAUUAUUUGAUUUUGCGUACAACCGCCGCUUAUCUGCAAUGAAUGGUAACUGGUGUGGUGCAAGGGGUCCAGAGAGAAUUCUUUGGGAUUUACUAGUGUUUAAAAAGGUCCGAGCAGUGUUGGGAGGUCGUAUACGUUUUAUUCUUUCUGGAGGUGCACCUCUUUCUGGUGAUACACAAAGAUUCAUCAAUAUUUGUAUUGGUGCUCCUAUAGGUCAAGGUUAUGGGCUUACCGAGACUUGUGCUGGUGGAACAUUUACCGAGUAUGAUGAUACUACUGUUGGUCGUGUUGGACCUCCUGUUCCUUGCUCAUAUAUUAAGUUAAUAGAUUGGCCUGAAGGAGGAUAUCUUAUCAGUGAUAAACCUAUGCCUCGGGGGGAAAUUGUUAUUGGUGGUCCAAAUGUCACACUUGGAUAUUUUAAAGAUGAAGACAAGACCAAUGAAGUGUACGAGGUUGAUGAGAGAGGGAUGAGGUGGUUCUAUACUGGUGACAUAGGACAGUUUCAUGCUGAUGGUUGCCUUGAAAUAGUUGACCGUAAAAAGGACAUUGUUAAGCUUCAGCAUGGGGAAUACGUUUCUCUGGGAAAGGUUGAGGCAGCUCUGAUUACAAGUCCCUAUGUCGAGAACAUCAUGCUGCAUUGUGAUCCUAAUUAUAGCUACUGUGUGGCUGUCGUGGUAGCCUCAGAAUCUGCUGUACGAGAUUGGGCAGUCAAGCAAGGAAUUAGUUUCACCGACUUUUCUGACUUGUGCCAGAAAGAAGAAACUGUUAAAGAAGUUCUUGGAUCACUAGUAAAGGAAGCGAAAAAGGCUCGCUUGGAAAAGUUUGAGAUCCCUGUAAGAAUCAAAUUGCUUUCAGAACCGUGGACACCAGAGUCGGGAUUAGUUACAGCUGCUCUGAAGCUCAAGAGAGAAGUUGUCAAGAAGACAUUCUCAGACGAGCUCGCAAAAUUAUACUCUACAUAAUACACUCUGCAGAAUUUGCUGCUGUAUGAUAGAUAUGUCGCACAAUAAGGUACUUUCACCUGUUUAAUUCCUUCUGGUUUAUCUUUUGUAACAUAAUUCCUGUCGACACAAGCCUCGUUUUUUAGAGGGGGGAGGGGGGGGGGGGUACAUAAAAUACCUAUCUACUUCAUCUGCUUUCUCAGUUUAUUCUUUCAUUUCUUGAUGUUCAAUAGGAGCACAUUGAAUUUAUUUAUUUUUUGGUUCUCUUUGUGAUAAUGUCACAAGACAAUUUACAGAAAUCCCAAAGAAUGAACCAAAACCAUUGGAUACUUUAUU